AUGACAACUAUCGAAGCGGCGUCGCCGCCAAUCGGCUCAGAAAUUUUCUUUGUUAUAGCUCUGCUGGUUAUCAGUUUAGUUGUGCUCCUCCUUGAGCGAUACUAUCUUCCAUUACGGACGACGCCGGCAUACCUUCUCGUUCCUAUAUUCUUUGCGCUCUGGUUACCAGCGAGCAUCAUCCUCCUUGUUCCAAUCGAUAUCGCAUCCAGUUCCAGUGACCAUGACGCUGGAAGCAGAGGCAUAUGGCUCCCCCGCCGGCUGCUAUUGGUUUCAUGGAGAAUCUCGUACUGGCUUACAUUCGUAUUGACUUGGUUUAUUCUUCCCUUGCUUGCGGAAUACGCCGAUGCCGGCUAUCGAGAUCCAAAAGGUCGACUGCUGUUCUCUCUUCGCGCGAACGUCCGAUAUCAAUCACUCGUAUUCGGGGCCGGGAUUAUAGCAGGAGUAUAUGUGUUUGUAUCUUACGGUGUAUCGCUGGAAUCUCUGAAGAGCUUGGUUAUGGCACUGGCGUACAGCUGGGGAUUGGUACUCGCGAUUUACCUAAUGGGCCACGGACUUGUCGCAAUCCCGAGACGACUCUUCAGAAAUGCGAGCGUGAGUGGGAGAUUGAAGCGAAUCCAAGGCAAUGCUGCGAAAGUUCAUGAAAAGAUGGAGGAUGCGAUCCAGUACCUAGAUGAUUUAGAGGCACAGGUCGAAGAACUAGCUCGCAGAAAGACCGGAUCAGCGAAGGUCUUCCAGGAUUGGAUCGAGGAGCUUGCUGAAGAUAUACAUCUUCCUGAGUCACGACCUCGUACCGUGACCCAGCGUGUACCUGCGCCUCAAGUCACUAUACCAAACGUGAUUACCGAAAAGUAUCUGGCAGAUCUAAGCCGUCAACUCAGCAGAGCGAGACACAAUCGUGCAAGAUAUGUCGAUGAGUGGGAUCGCCUCUUGUACGAAGCUGUUGCAACCCAAGCAGUUCUCGAUUCCGCGGCAUCCAAGCAGAUCGAGAUUGGUCAAACGUCUCCGUAUUCGUCGGUGUUUGACCGCUUUACCAUUCUCACCCCCUACACACGAUAUCUUUACAAGUACUACUUUGUUCCAUAUACGAGGAUCUUCCUCGGAUGCUUCUUUUCGCUGGCGUCGAUAUGUAUUAUCUGGUCAGAACUCAGCAAGUCAGUCAACCCAAUAUUUUCGAUCGUUGCUCUCACGGUUAUCCACCACCCGGACAGCGAACGGGGCCAGAUUGGAUUUGCAGGACAAGUAAUCGCGGCUUGCUGGAUCUUGUAUAUGUUUGCAGCGGCCCUCACUUCAUUGACCGAAGUAAAAGUCUGGAGGGGGAGAGCGUUGGUCAGAAGGAACACCCAUGGUGAAAGCGCAAUGUGGUAUGCCAUGCAGGUGGCAAAGCUCUCUGUGCCCCUGUCUUUCAACUUCUUGACAUUCCUAUCUCGCGACGUCUCUGAGCCGACUGUUUUCAAUCAUUUCCUUGGGAGGCUCAUCAAAUUUACGCCUCUUGGGAAAUGGUUUGACCUUUUAUUUCCCAUCUUCAUUUUGGUUCCAGUCUGCGCAACUCUCUUCAACCUGUAUGGCAAGGUCAAGCGGUGCGUCGGAUUUGGUGAAGUAAUUGACGAUGAGGAUGAGGAGAACACUACUGCUUAUGGAACUGGAUCUUGGCGCGAAGGAAGAGAUUUGAUUGAGCGAGAACUGCAAGGUCAUUCGUCCCUAGGUCGACUAGGAAAUGGCCCAGCAUAUAGACGUUCUUACGGUCCGAACAAUUCCAACAAUCGAAGAGCCGCAACUAUCCCGGCCCCAAUAGAUCGUUCCUCAGGCCGAGCGCCUCCAGCUAGAUCUAGGACUGCUCCCCGACAAGAACAAGACGUGGAGCCGGAAGAUGAGGGGUUUUUCGAGGCAUUCAGCCAUCGAGUCAAAAAUACCAUUGAUACUUUCGAAGCUCCGAAAUGGUUCCCCAAUAUUGGGGAGGGUAUCAAGAGGCCCAAGUGGAUGGGAGGGGAUGAUUCCCCAGGUCCUAGUCGACAAGGUGCUAAUACUAUCACCAAUUUGUUUGGGGCUCGACAAGAUGGGAGGGUAAGAUUAUGA